AUGGCGCCUGUCGUAGAUACUGACAGAAUUGGAGCAGACGCGAUUGGACGCAGAAUAGAUGGCGCUGAUGAAAAGACAUUGAUCACGUAUUCAGAGGAAUAUGGCGAACAACAGCAGCCAUCUGGUCUUGAGCGAUAUAUCAACCAUUCCUCUGUUGUAAACUUUGGCGUAAUCAUACUCGCAUCAUGGGAGUCAUUCGCCGUAACUUUCCAAUUCGCGCUAGCGAACGGUGGCCCUGCCUCAAUGUUCUACGGCUCAAUCCUGGCUGGCUUCGGAGCUUGUGCCGUCGGCUUCUCACUCGCUGAGCUAGCGUCGAUUGAUCCGACUGUCGGCGCGCAGUACCGUUGGUCUGCAAAUCUUGCUCCUAGCGCUAAUAGGUUCUGGGGUUUACUUCAAGGAUGGAUCACUACUGCUGCGUGGUGCUUCGCUUGUGGAGGACCACCGUCAAUCUUAGCAAACAUCAUAACGUCCCUGGCCAUCUUCAACUAUGAUAACUAUACGCCAGAGCGGUGGCAUACUAGUCUCAUCAUGAUUGGUACCCUCGUCUUACCCUUUUUGUUUAAUCUCUGGUUUCGAAAGUUUCUCAACGCGUUCGAGAUAAUUGGUGGUGUCUUACACAUUGCUUUGUUCGUGGCAUUCCUUGUUAUUCUUGCUGCCCUUGGACAACGCAGCAGUUCCGAUUACGUUUUUAAGACGCUUACAUCUGACAUCUCGGGGUGGAAUAAUCCCGGAGUAUCAUGGGGCCUGGGACUGCUGACGAUUACGUUCUCUGUAACGGGAUUUGACAGCGUCAUACACAUGAGCGACGAGGUCAAGAAGGCUAGAACACGCGUUCCACGAAGCGUUAUCCUUGCCUGUGUCGUCAACUCAGUCAUGCUUUUUGCGUUUGUUACGAUCUUACUCUUCUACAUCGGACCUCUGGACGACCUUUCUACAGCCCCUUUACCGCUCAUCUACGUAAUCUACAAUGCGACGGGUUCGAAAGCCGCCUCUAACGCUCUGGUCUCUCUGGUAGCAGUCAUUAUCUUUUUCGCCUCCUUCAAUAUGUUGGCUUCAGUAUCUCGUCUAGUAUGGAUGUUCGCGAGUGACAAGGGUUUGCCAUUCUCCGGCUUUUUCUCAUACAUCAGUCCUACUUUCAAGUUGCCAAUGAAUGCUUUGCUCCUCAUUGCGGGCAUAGUCACUUGUCUGUCCUUGAUCUACAUUGCCUCGGCCACAGCUUUCAACGCCCUGAUUUCUCUCCAGGCUUUGGCUCUCCACGUUUCGUACUUUUUUCCGAUCCUUUUUCUUUUACUACGCAAGAUUCGCGGUCCGCCACCACCAUACGGACCCUUCAAGCUAGGAGCUGUAGGCUCUCAGGUCAACAUUUUUGCGCUCAGCUACUUGAUCUACGUUGUGUUGUGGAUGCCGUUCCCGCAAAUUUUGCCAGUCACAAAGGACAACAUGAACUACGCAGGUCCGAUCUUUGGAGCAGUCUUGAUAGGAGCGCUUGUCGAUUGGUUUGUGAGCGGAAGGAAAAGGUUUCAAAUGCCUCUGAGGAAGUAUGAGUAG